CCAUUUCCGGGCAGACUGCAGUCGAUCACGUUCUUUCUAUUAUUUCGUCAAUAUUGGUCGAAUGUUUACAAAUUGAUUAGCUCAAAAUGUUCAGUCCGAGUAUUCUACCACAACAGGCAGUAUUUCCAAUUUGCCAUCUUGCCUGGAGCACUGUGCGUCCUUCUGGUGUUCGCACUGCUUCAAGAAGGAGUGUAAAAGCAGCUACUACAGAGGUGAAACAAACUGAUAGACAGUCUGUGAAAGGAGAUAACACUGUGGUACUUGGAAAUCUGGACUUAUCAGGUUUGUUAAAGAUAAAGACAAGUCCGGAAUUGCUAAGCUCCAUCUCCAGAGUUCUACCUGAAGUCUCCACUGGUCACACAUGCUGGAAGUCUUCCUACCAGUCCGGGCACACAUUCUUUGAGAAUAAAAACGGUUUUCCUGAGAGUCUGUUACAGAGCCAGUUAUGCCCCGGUCAAGAAAAGAUACAUAGAUUGGUACACAGAUUGUUACAGCAAGUGAAUCAUCCACACAUUACCUCACCACAGAGAGUUGAAGGAAGUAUAUUUCUAGCAAGUAGACAGCAUGCAUGUAGAGGUCUGCAACAAACACGUGGUUUUAAAACUAAACACUCACAAGCCAUUGGAGUGAUCUCUCCAGAAACUGUUGAGAAAACAGCAAAGAAAACCAGAGAGAGGACAGGAGAAAAAACAAAAUCAGAUGCAGAAGAAAAAACAAAAUCAGAUGCUGGAAAGUCUACUAAAAAUUUAGCAGAUGGUUUUUCAACAAAUUUUCUGAAGAUUUUCCUGUGGUCUACAGUCUUUGUACUUCUGUUCCUAAUGUUUUCAGGACCUGGUCAGAUUUCUUCUAUUAUAUCAAGAGAUAACUACGAGGUUUCCAUGGUCAACCCAGAUAUUGGCUUUAGUGAUGUUAAAGGGCAAAAUGAGGCACUGGAAGAAUUAAAAGAUUUAGUGAUGUUCUUGCAAGACCCAGAGCGCUUCAAUGAAAUGGGAGCCAAACUUCCUAAAGGGGUUCUCUUGGUUGGGCCUCCUGGUGUUGGAAAGACUUUAAUAGCUAAAGCGAUUGCGGGUGAAGCUGGUGUUCCAUUUUUCUAUGCCUCAGGCUCCCAAUUUGAUGAAGUGUUUGUUGGUGUCGGAGCAAGUAGAGUGAGGAAUAUAUUCAAGAAAGCUAAGAGUAAAGCACCUGCUGUGAUAUUUAUUGAUGAAAUUGACUCACUGGCUGGUAAAAGAACAGCCAAUGCCAUGCAGCCCUAUGCCAAUCAGACUAUUAAUCAACUCUUGUCAGAGAUGGACGGGUUUAGUUCCUCAGAAGGAGUGAUUGUUUUGGGAGCUACCAAUAGGGCUGAGGUAUUAGAUAGUGCUGUAAGGAGACCAGGAAGGUUUGAUACUCAGGUGGACAUAGGUAUUCCUGACCUAGAGGGACGAACAGAAAUCCUUGAACUUUACAUCAAGAAGAUCAAGUGUGCACCUGACACAGAUAUUGGUAGGCUAGCCAAGCUGACGACUGGAAUGACAGGUGCUGACUUGGCCAACUUCGUCAACCAGGCUGCCCUCAGAGCAGCAGUAGAUGGCGCCACUGAAGUAGAUGCGUCUCACUUUGAUACAGCACUGGACAGAAUCAGAAUGGGCUUGGCACUGGCGAACAGAGUCAAACUCCUUUCUCACGAGGAAAAAUUGCUGACGGCUCACCAUGAAGCUGGGCAUGCGCUGGUGGGGUUCUUUAGCAAGAGCAUUGAAAAGGUCCACAAAUUGACCAUACUGCCUCGGUCAUCUGGUUCUCUUGGACAUACUUCAUUUUACACAGAGAAAGAUGUGACCAGCCUUAACAGAGAACAGCUACUGGGCAGACUAGACACACUGCUGGGGGGAAGGGCAGCCGAGGAGUUAUUGGUUGGAUCUGGCAAAGUCACCACAGGUGCUUCAUCGGACUGUGACCAGGCCAGUCUCCUUGCCAAGUCCAUGGUUUCCAGAUGGGCCAUGUCAGAGAAGGUGGGUCUGCGCACGCUUAAUGAGAAUGAUGCUCGCACUCUCAGCGAAGAACACAGGAAAGAGAUGGAUGAGGAAAUCAAGAGGAUGCUGCAGGAAUCCUAUGAGCGAGCCAAGAAAACACUGUCUGUACACUAUAAAAAACAGAAAGCUCUAGCAGACGCUCUCUUAGAGCAUGAAACGUUAACUUACGAGGAGAUGGUUCAAGUCAUAAAUGGCAAAAAAAUUCAACGCGUACCCAAAAGCACCAACUCCUCUUUCCUGCCUAAGUUGCUGUAGGUGUGUCAGCCCAUUUAACCCUGAGAUCAGAACGUACAGCUGUGGAGAUGAACACUCUUGGUGGACUUAUUUCUUCAAAACUAUUUCCCCCACUUUCAAGAAUUGUUUAAAAGGAAUAUUUUGAACAAAAAUUGGAGAAUCAGUGACAGCAUGAGCAAAGUUUAUCAGUAUUUCAUGAUCUGUAACAGUAAGGUGAGAUAAAUUGGACCUGUGUGUGCAUAGCAUAGGUGCUGUUAUUGAAAAAAAAAUCUCAGGAUAAAUUCAGAAACUUUGAUCUACUGUCUUCAGUUGAUAGAUAGUUGGACAAAUUACUAAUAAUAACCAGCAGAUAUUUUAAAAGAUGUACAUAAAAAAGAGGGCAGCUUGCUGUUAUUGCUUAACAUCUGACCUUUGAUCUCCAACCUUAAAAUUUGGUAAUGGAUGAAUGUCUAACAGAGGCAUCAUUUUAAGUUUGUGAAAGCUCCUACUUUUCAUUACAUGACAUUACCAAACUGAUAAUAUAUGUAGGGUUGGGAUUGUGGAUAUGUAUACUUAAAUGUAUUAAUAAGAUUUAUUUCAUUCUUGAAUGAGUGGUAUUUUCAAGAUAAUGCCUGAUUUCAGGAUUUUUGUUCUACAUGUUGACAAUUUUUUUUUCCAUUUGGUCUUAAUGCGAUAGUAAAUGUGCUGCUACAUUUCCAGGAUUUUCAAUGUUUUCCUACAUUCACCAAAGUUCUAUGAUCAGAAAUAGGGUUUCACAUUUUUUACUGUUAUCAAUUUAUUUGUUCAAUAUAUUGAAGAAGAGAUAACUUAAAAUAAUUUUUAGUGAGUAUUAUAAAUAAUUAUAUUCCUUGCGCAAUAUAAUGCGUAUGCCUGUAUCCAUCAUGGGUGUACAAAUGAUGGGUCCAAGGCCUGUAGUUUUAGAGCUAAUUGCACUGUACAUAGUAAUAAUAAUGUUUGCUGUUUUUUAUAUUCAAAGUGAUUA